AUGAGUGUAAUACCCCAACCGCCAGCUAUCCACCGUCUACCUGCUGAGGUAAUAAGGGAUAUCAUUCUGGAAUGCGACGAUGAACGGCCUAUACCCGGUGUCGACAAACCUCGCAAAGCGAUCUUCGAUGCCGUACAGAAUGAGAUGACCCUGGCCAACGAGAUGGGCAUAGAUCUCGACGAGGAAGAGGAUGCUCCUGACGAUAGACUUCUUCUUCAAGAGGAGAUGGUCGAGCCCAGCCCUCUCAAUGGGAAACUGGCGAGCUUGGGAUGGAUCCGGCUGGCGCACGUCUGUCGUCGCUGGCGCGAUAUCGCAAUGCAAUGCCAAUCUAUAUGGGCCAGACAUAUUGGAAGCCUUCCCAAGGCAUACUCCCGGAUGCUGGAACUGUCUGGAGGCACCGCUCCUGUUUGCCUGUCCAUGUAUGGCUCUAGUUAUCGCGAUGACUAUGGUCCGGUCCUCCAGGGCUUUCUUCGCAAUCCGCUUCUGCGCGAGCGCAUCAUUGAGAUGUGCAUCAUCGAAACACGCGCUUCCGCUCUUGCCACGUUAUGGACCGCAAUUGCGCGUUGCGACCUCCCAAAUUUGAAGUCGCUAGUCGUUGUCGGCAACGAGGUCGAGGCGCGACCAGACGAUAUGGAAUCACCUACGCUCACAUGCCCGCUAUUACAUUCGAUGCGCCUGGUUAACUUCCUAGUCAACCCUUCCACGGCCAACUUGCGGCGAUUGAGUCUCAAGACACAGAGGCUUGUACACGAGCAGAUACCGCCGUUCGCCAUCCACGCCACCGAUCUGGCAGACGUGUUGGACAGAUGUAGUAGCACGAUACAAGAGCUCGAAUUGCAAGUCCUUAUUGUCGAUCGGGAAGAUGGCUUCACGUCAAGACAGCCUAUUACACUUCCGAGCCUACGCUUACUGAUCUACGCCGAACCUGAUGCACGAGAAGAAGAUGAAAAGCUACUUCCGCUUUUCUCGAUGUUAAGAUACCCGAAUACGACUGUCGUGAAGAUUGGACUGGAAAUCGAGGACUGUGUUUCUACCCCACAAGGCGUCGAGCUAUUCAGGGCGCUGCGCAUUGCCGGUACACUGGACCCGGUUACGUUGACGCUUGAGAUCGAGGACUACGACAGCGCCAAAUACGCGUACUGCUGCAAGAUCCAGUACAAUGUCGUUGCUCGGAACGAAUUCGCCAAUGUGGUCAUGACACCGGGAUCACAUACUCUAGCAGAUCUUCUCCGUGUCUGA